AUGCCUGGAGGAUUUGAGAAGUCAGUAAAAGGGGCUACAAAGCUCAAGCUCGCGGCCCCUAAAUCCAAAUACAUAGAGAAUAUUCUUGUGGCAACUCACACCGGCGAGGCAGGAGUCGCAGAGGUAUUCCGAACCCUCCAGAUACGACUCCGAGACUCGGCAUGGACCAUUGUCUUCAAGGCGCUCAUCGUCCUGCAUCUCAUGAUCCGAGAGGGUCAGCUGGACGCGGCGUUGGGAUACUUGUCCGAUAAUCCAAAGAAAAUUGCGCCCAGCAAUUUCUCUGAAGCCCAAUCGCAGGGUCAUAACAUCCGACGGUACGCCGAAUACCUUAUCACACGCGCCAAGGCGUUCGAAGCCUGCAAGACGGAUCAUGUACGAAGCGGACCGGGACGGCUGAAGAGAAUAGGCGUGGACAAAGGUCUAUUGAGGGAGACUGAAAUUGUACAGAAGCAAAUUCGUGCGUUACUGCGGUGUGAUCUAUUGACGGAUGAGCCUGAAAACGAGAUCAGUUUGACCGCAUUCCGUCUGCUCACACUUGAUCUAUUGACUUUAUAUUCAGUCAUGAAUGAGGGCACAAUCAAUGUUUUGGAACACUACUUUGAGAUGUCACGGCCGGAUAGUGUACGUGCUCUGGCAAUCUACAAGACGUUCACAAAACAAACGGAAGAAGUGGUUCAGUUCUUGGGAGUGGCAAGACAUUUCCAGUCUGCCACACGCCUGGAAAUCCCAAAGCUCAAGCAUGCAUCCACAGACUUGGCGCGCCUUCUUGAGGAUGAUCUGAACGAUCCUGAUUUUGAUCUUCGCCGACGGGAGUACUUGGCCAAGAAGGGUGUUCGCGCUCCACCGAGCAUGGAAGCCAGUGCGACGUCAGAUGCAUCAAAGCCAAUGCACACCCCACCCAUGUCAAACCCGGCGUCAAACCCACCCAAGCAGCCUGAACAAUCGAAGCCACCCCCUGUGGAUCUAAUCGACUUCUUUGAUUCAAUUGAACAGAAUCAGCAGCCAAUGGGGCAACAGAACACAAUGCAGUACCAACAAACAGGGUUCCAGCAGCAAUCCCAGCAGCCAUUCUAUCCCCAGCAGACUGACUUCCAACAACAACCUCAGACGAUUCAGCAGCAGCCUUUGGCAACUGGAUAUGGCCAGCCGACCCAAUAUGGAGCGCCCUAUCAGGCACAGGGCCCAAACAAUCCAUUUGGGCAGCAUCAGCAGCAACAACAACCACAACAACCGCAGCCGCUUCAGGCUAUGCCAACUGGCGCUGGAUUUGGAGGGUACUCUCCACAGCCGCAACAGUAUGGUUUCCAGUCGCAACUGGCUCCUAUUCCUCAACAAGGCAUCGCCUCAUUCCCUCAACAACAACAGCAGCAGCAGCAACAACAAGCACCUCAGGCUUUGCAGCCAUUGCAGCCCCAGCACACCAAUCCGUUCCGCCAGUCAAUGAUGCUCAACUCUUCCACCGGCGCUCAGCCACCCGCCGCCCCGCUAUCGCGACAGAAUACGAACCCAUUCGCGAGACGACUUUCCACUGCAACCCCGCAAUAUAAUCCUCCAAAUGAUCAAUUCCAGCCUGCGCAAUCCCCACAAGUGCAGCAGCUUCCUCAGCCUCAAGCGCAGCCGAUCCAGCCACAGCGGACGGGAACCAACCCUUUUGCACGGGCCUCUCCUGCUCCGCAGCAAGCUCUUCACCCCCCAGCGGCCACUCCCUUGCGGCCUAAUCCAACUGGCAGCACCAACCCUUUCCGACAGAGUCAGUUUAUCAAUCAGCAGACCGGACAGGGUUGGCAAAACAGUGGGCAGAGUGGUACACUAGGUGGAUUAGAACAGCUGGACACGGUGCCGAUCUUCCCGCGCCCCGGCAUGACCUAA